AUGCAGGAUUUAGGGUGCGGUGAGCAUUGCUAAUCAUGCAAUGAGAAAUUCGGUUGUGAUAAAUGCGAUGCUGAGAUUCAAUAUAUGGGCUGGAAUGCAAAAAUUCAAAAACAUGCUAUGAAUGCAGUAAAACUAAUACAAGUCAGUGUCUGCAUUGUAAUGCCGAAGAAUAUGCACUUCAAGUAAACAUUUAUCUUAACUCUUAAAGGUUUGCAAUCAACAAGUUGUUUGAAUCCCACCAAUGACAAAUACUGCAAUAUCUGCUAGCUUGGAAUGGAUUUAUAUCAUCCAAAUCAAUUUGAUACAAAUGCUGGAAAUUUAUGCUAAUAAUGCUAAAACAAUAAUGGAUGGGAUAAAGACGUAGCAAGAUGCAGUUUCAGUGGUGCUAACUAACCAAAUAAAGUAAUUGGCUGUAGAGACGGUUAUCCUGAUGAUUAAUAAUGCAAGCCUAAUUGUGAUCUCGGAACAUAUGGAUUUGCUUUAUAUAACUAUAGGGCUACGCUAGAAGAUUCAUCUUGUUGGCCUUGUGAUACAAGCUGCUAUGAGUGUGGCGGACCAUCAGAUUCUGAUUGUAAAUCAUGCAAAUCUGGGUUUUACUUAGAUCUCCCCAACCGAAAUGUUCAGAUGGGAUCUUGCAUCGCUAAGACAUCAGCAUCUAUAGUAUAAGAUGUUUAUGUUGCUUCUAUCACAUCACUUAAUACCGCGUCUUCAGAUACAAUAACUGGAACAUCAAGCAACCCAUUCAAUUCAAUAUAGGAUGCUAUUAAGUAUGCUUAUGAGCUAGGGGCUCCAACUACUGAUGCUUAAAUCAAUAUCCUUUUAAUGGAUGGUCUUCAUGCGAUGAUAAGAUACAAGCCAACAGAUUUUUACAUGCCCUAGAAGUUAGAUAAAUACUCAAGCACGACUAAAAUAACAAUUAAACCAGCCACAGAUGGAUAAACUAUAAUAAUAAAUUACAAACUAAGAGACUCUUUUCAUUUCUUAGUUGGAGGAUCUCUUACAAUGAUUAAUCUUUAGUUCGAUGCUAUUGACUCAACAAUUGACUUAGCAUUAGAUUACAGCAAUGGCGUUUAUUGCACAUAAGAAUUCUAGAAUUGUUGCAGUGUAGAUUAGUAUGGUGAUCUUAAAGGAGGAUAAUCUUGCACUUUUAUGAAAAGACCGUAAUUAACAAUAAAUAACUUAAUUUCAUUAACUAGUACCGAAGAAUGUUAUGGAGCUUUUGGCACAAAUUUCUUUGAAUUUGAAAUGUAAAACAGAUCUAUGUUGGCAUAACCAUCAACACUUAUUCUACAAAAUGUUAUCUUUAAAAACUUUAUCUAUGAAUACAACAGCUUUAUAGAACUUAGCUCAUUAGGAGGGCAUGUUAUACUCAAGAAUGUGAUUUUCGACAACAUGAAUUCAUGUGGAGCUAUCAUAAGAAACAAAAAAGCUUAACUCAAUAAAACUAUGACUCCAACAGACUUUAAGACAGUCUAUGAAUAUAGAUCUAAUAACUAUGAGUAUACUCUACAUGCUGAAUAUCUGGACAGUAUAAGUUCACUAACAUUAUUUAAUGCCAAUUGUACGAUUUCUAAAGACACUUGGAAUGCAAAUCCUUGCUACUCUAUAUAAAUUGAAGAUUCUUCAUUCACUAACUUUGGAAAAAUGAAAGAUGUCUUGACUUACCCAAGCAAAGUUGACCCCAAAUUCAAAUUAAAGUACUAAGGAUUUAUUUUAGACUUGGAUGAAUUUAAUGGGCCAAUUACGUUUAAUAAUAACAGUCUUCAAAAUAAUUUGAUCAUGUAUGAGUCCUGUAAAACUGCAUGGUAUCUCGAUUAAAUGACUACAAAUCCUGCAGUUGACAAUUUCACUGUCUACGGUACUAAAACUGAUUUUUAAACCAAAUCAUGGAUUUCAAUAGUUAAUCAUGGUGACUGGCCGAUAUAUAUUAUUAAAAAUUCCAUUUAACACAAUACAGGGGUUCGAGGAGUAAUAUAUUUGGAUUUUGGUGCUAGAACUAGCAAUAGUCCAGUAUUAAUUGCCCAGAAUGACUUCAAAUUGAAUGGGGGGUUUAUAGAUACUACUGUGAUAAAUAUCAGGGCUCGAGGAAAAGACAGCUAAGAUGUUUUUGCUAAUGCCCCAACUAAUACAAAUUUGUUCUGUGUAGGACUUCAUUUAGAACUCAAUAAAUUUGAGUAAAACUAUGGAUGCACUAGAUAUUCUGGUGGUCCAGUCAAAUUUGAAUGUCUAAACUCUGAUACUUCGGAUACUUAGUCUAACGGUUACACUAAUUACUAGAAUGUUACUGCUGGUUCAUAAUCUGCCCAUUAUAAUACAGACUUUAGGACAUUUACAGCUUCGCCUUUAAUCAAGUCUUUCUAUUCUUAGUCAUACAAUCUGGAUACGAAGCUAAAUAAAUUCAAGUCAAAUCAGUACAUAUAAAAUGUUGGUACAGGAGGCAGAUCACUUAUAACAGUGAUAGGAUCUCCAAGAACAUACUUCGACAAUGAAACGUUUAUUGGUAAUGGAGAUGCUAGUUUGGAAUCAACUUUGAAAUAUGGAGAGUCUAAGUACUUAAACAGUAGUCUUGACUAUGAAAAAACCGGCCACAGUUUAUCUUACGAUGCUGCUUCGUCACAGAUUGAGCAAAUGAAAUCUCUAAUAGAGAUUAAAAGAGCAGGUUAAGCUAAAAUGACUAAUAUUUAUUUUGAAUACAAUUGGCUUUACGAAGUUAGCUACAUAAAGAAUAGAUCGUAAUUGGUUGAAAUUGAAAAUAUGUAUGGAUAAUUGACUUUAGAUAACUUGACAAUAGUUAACUAGUUUGGACCAAUAAAUAAUCCAUAUGGACCUUAUGAUCUCUAUGGAGUUCCACUUGAAUUGCAAAGUUAAAGAGACAACGCUUCAAUAUACCCACUUUUCAGGAUAACGAAUGAUACUUCAAAAAUAAAAUACAUAGAUAACUUUAAGACUAGCCUUUACAUGAAGAACAUCAAGUUUUAGCAGUUAAAUAAUGAUGACUCAGAGUUGUUUAUAUAAUAUGGAAUGGAUGAUAAUUCUAAUUAUCAGCAUAUAACUGAUUUCUCUAUGAAUAAUGCUUACUUUGAAGAUAUUGACUGCUACUCAUGCACUAGACCUGUCUUAACUAUCUAGUCAAUCAAUACAACUUUGUGUAAUCUGACAUUCAAAAAUAUAAACUCAUAAACUUAAUUGACAAUGCAUUUGUCAGAAGCCCCAUUUUUCAAAUUUUAUACAAGAAAACCCUACUAUAAAAGUAUCGGAGCCUUUACUAAAUACACAGAAUAUCUAACAUUUGACAAUAUUGUGGUUGCCAAUCAUUUUGCAAAAGAAGGAGGGAGAGUAUUUGAAAUUGCUCAGGCUGAGGUAGUUGCAGAUAAUGAUCCAACUGAUUACCAAAUAAAAAUUAGAAAUAGUAUAAUGAGCGGUGUUUAUUCUUUAGGAUCGGCACCUAAUUUUAACAUCACAGCUAAUCAAUAAUGGCUAUAUAUUUUCAACACUUCUUUUAGCAACAUGACUGCUGGCUAUUAGUUGGAGACUGGUGGGAAUUUCGGCUCAGUAUUUUCAAUUUAGGGCAUGACAAAAAUCCUAGUUGAAUCAGUUACAGCUAUAGAUAUCUAUAAUCCAUCAUCUACUUUUGCUAAUAACUACACUGAUGGCUGUGGCAGAUUUAUUUGCUUAUACAAUGCAGCUGGCAAUUUUAAUCUGAAUGUAACUAACUCAAAUUUUGUUGGUUCAGCAAUUCCAAUGUAUUCUCAGAAAUCUAAUGACUAAAUCCUAAAAAUAGCAGCAGGAACCAUCAGUUAGUCUUCUAUCUUCGACAUUAGACAAGAUACAUUUGAUGUUGAUGUCUAUGUGAAAUAAUCUAACUUUAUCAAUUGCAGCAUUGCAUAAAUGGGCAGCACAAUUACUAUAAAUACUUCUGGUAUAAAAAAUAUUCAAAUUGAUUCUAGUUUAUUUCAGGCGAAUGCUGCUAUCUGGGGAGGAGCUAUCUACUGUGAAAGUUGCUCAUUAAAUAUGUUUAACACUACCUUUAACACAAAUGUAGCUAAGGCAGGUGGAGAUUUUAUGUUCAUUGAUCCAACGACUACUACACUUAACUAUUAAGGAAUAAAUUCAAAAGGAAGUUUGUCAUUGGAAAGUGGAGGAACCUUUCAUAUAAGAGAACUGUCAAAUAAGAACUUUCAAAUAAACAUUUUCAAGGGAACAUGCAAGAAUUCUUCAUUCACUGAUACAGAGUCCUUAUAAUAAGGAGGAUCAUUUUAUUUUGAAGUAAGCGGUAAUGUUAUCCUUGCUAUAACAGAUACCUAUUUUGAAAAUAUAAAAGCCUAAUAAAACGGUGGUAUGAUGACAAUUCCAGAAAUUCCAGGUGCUAACUCAAAAGUAUAGGUAACUCUAUUAAGAUCCAAUAUAAAUAGCAUUUACAUCAGCUAGGGUGAUGGUGGUGUUUUUUACGUCAGCAAUGAAACAAAUCAAUUUGAAAUAACAGGUUAACAAUCAUCCAUUACAAACAUUAAAAUUGAUGGUAGAGGAGGAUUUAUAUUUUCUGGUGCUAAGUCAUCAUUGAAAGCUAGCUUUACUGGAGUAACAUUCAAAAAUAUCUCAUCAUCUUAAGGUGGUUUAAUUUACUCAUCAAGUGCAUCAAGCUAAGCAACUUUUCAAGCAUCAACUUUGAUCCGGGAUGUAUAAGCAACAAAUAAUGGAGGAGUUAUGAAUUUUGACAAUGCAAAUGCGAACGUAUAAGUUACAUUUUAAGCAUCUACUAUAACAGGCUGCAGAUCUGUGAAUGGAAACGGAGGAAUGAUAUAUGCUACGGCAAAUUCAGCAAAAUACUAUUUCUAAAGUGGUGCAUAAGUAUAAAAUAUUACAGCCCACAAUGGAAGCGUUAUUUAUACAGAUUCCAAUUCUAUAGAGUUAACAUUAUCUAUGACUUACCUUUCAAACUUUUCGGCUAUUGAUUAAACAGGGGCUUUUUAUCUCAAUGCAAAUGAUCAGACAACUUUGACUAUUAAUUAAGGUACAACUAUUCAAAAUAUUAGCUCACCUUCUAAUGGUGGUGUAUUUUUCAUCAAUGGGACUAAUUUAAUUGCUACAAUAAACUAAGCCUAUGUUUAAAACACUAGUACUGGCGACUAUGGAGGAUUCUUAUUGACUUCUGAUAAAUUUAGUACUUUUUAACUGACUAUUUAAAAUUCUUAAUUUCAUUACUCAACUGCUAAAAAGAAUGGAACAUUUAUCUUUGUAAGAGGUUAAGCCCAUCCAAAAAUAACAUUCUCAAUAUCCACCACUUCUUUUAUUUGUUAAUAAGAGUCAUAUUUUGAUAAUUGGCCUACUAACUAUGACGAAUAUCAAUCUAAUUUAGAUGAUUAAGAAAAUAUUAAUGCAGGACUAUUCUAAUUUGAAGAGAGCGUCAAUGGUAGUAUUUUAUCAACAGGAAACAGUUUUAAAAGAUGUUAUAAUACUUAUGCAGGGUCUAUUUUUAAUUUGCCUCAAAAUAUUUCCUUGACUGAUACUAACUCAUUCUAUGAAGGGAAUGGAGGUUAAAAUGGAAUAAUAAGUCUUAAUUCAAGCAAAGCAACUAUUAAUGAUGCUACGGUAAUUGAUUCAGAUUCAAAAUACGCUUCAUUCAUCCAUAUGUUGAAUAAUGCUACUGUUUAAAUCGAAAGACUAAGCAUGAAAUAUGGAAAAUCUAGAGAAAAAGGAGGGGCAUUUUAUAUUGAAGGAAAUGGUGCCUCAAGUUUAAAAAUACUUAAUUGUAAAACAACUCUCGAGUACUUCUAAUCAGUACACCAAGGUGGCUUCAUUUAUAAUGAAAACCCUAUGCUUAACCUGAGUAUUAGCAAUUGCGAUAUAUAUCAUGUGAAAUCCGGCUCUCUUGGUGGAUUAGUCUAUAUGAGUUCAGCAUUUUCAUUUUACAUUUAUGACUCAGUCAUUUCCAACAUAUCAAGUAACGGUGAAGGAGUGUUAAUCUAUUCAAUUUAUCCAGGAACACUAAUGAGCAUCAAUCAAAUUAAUUUAUAAUGCAAAUAUGAAGAAGAUUACGAUAUUAACAGCAUAAAUUUUGAUGUAUCAAGAAAUUAAACACAGAUUGGAUCGGUUAUAUUUAUAAAGCACACACCCUCAUUAACCACAAAAAAUAAUAUCUUCAGGAAUUGCUUUACAUCAUUGAGAGGAACAAUUUACAAUCUAGAAAAUACUACUUUCGAUGAUUAAGACUCAAGCUAUACUUAAAUUACAGCCCUUGAAGGAGGUGUAUUUUACUUUAAUAAUGUUAAUAGCACAUUCUCUGGAUUAACUAUAAAGAGAGUGCUCGCCUAUUCUGGAGGUACAUUUUUCCUUUAAGGCUAGACAAAUCUUACCAUUAAAAGUGCAGAUAUUGAUCAAAGCGAAUCCUUUGGUGAUGGAGGAUUUAUAAAUUUGAUUGUUAGUGAUAAGGUUUGUGAUAUUCGGCUGGUUGCAGAUGCAGCAAAGUGGAUAAUUAUGAAAAAUAUUGCGAGCAGAUAUGGAAACGGAGGAAUCGUUUAUGCAGACUCACCAUUGACAAACAUCACAUUAGGAGGUCUUGAUGUGUAGAAUUCUUCUGCCUAUAUAAGUGGUGGAUUUAUAAAUAUGCAGAAUGCUUUGAAUUUUACUAUUUUAGACUCAAAAGUAUUCGUUUCUACCAGUUUAUAAGCAGGGUCGAUAAUAUAUUCUACCUCAGCAACAAGUUAUUAUGAAAUAAGAAGAAACUAAUUUGACUGCGAGGGAAAUAUUCCACCAAAUAUAACAGAUCUGCUAAUAAGCUAGUCCUCCACAGCCGGUGGUUCAUUUUAUUUAGUAAACUCAUUAGGAAGUGAAUCAUAAGCUAAUAUGUUUUAGAACUGCUAUGUUACUGAUAAAGGUGGUAUCUAUUAUCUGACUGAAACUAGUUUUGUUGAUUCAGAUUCUACUUAUAACUUUAAUGCUGGCAUUUAUGGUGGAGUCUAUUACUGUAAGAGUUGCAACUUGACUCUAAAAAAUACAGUCUACAAAAAUAUUUAAUCAUUCUAAGGAGGAAUAAUUUAUCUUGAGGAUUAGUCAAAGAUAUUACUUGACAAUGUAAUUGCUAUGAAUUCAAGUUCUAUAAAUGGAGGUGGCUUAAUCUAUGCAGUUCAAAAUAUCUAGAGUACGACUGCGUAAGUUGAAUUCAUAAAUGGUGGAAACUUAGUAAAUUUAUCAUCUCAAUUCAGUGGGGGUGGUUUCCAUAUUGAUCAUGGUGGAUUAAAUUUUUAUAUGAAAGAGGCUUUAACAAUAUAGAAUAGCAUGGCCUUAAAUGGUAAUGGAGGUUUAUUUAACAUAUUAAAGGGAAGAGAUCUGAUCAUCAAUAAUUCAAUAUUCACUAGCAUGUCUGCUUCUAAAAAUGGAUCAAUGCUUUACUCUACUUCAACAACUCUCAAUCUAACCUUAGAAAAUAACCAGUUCAAAGGAAAUGCUUCUGCUUGGACAUCCUAUUAUGGUGAUGAUUUGGAAACACCAACUAAAGGAGGAAUGAUUUAUCUCAAAGAUAUUUAAGCAAAUAUCACCUCAAACAAGAAUUAAUUCUCUAAUACUUAUAUUGCAACAUAAGGUUCUGCUUUUACUCUAUUAAAUUCAACUUUGAUAGAUAAAGAGUCAACCUACUAGUAUUCAAAAUCUAAACAAGGUGGAGCAAUCUUUUGUGAUAUCUGCCAUGUCUCAUUAACAGGUAAUACAUUUGAUCAUCUGUAAGCUGCAAAAGGUGGAUCUAUUUAUAUUAAUCAACAUCAAGGUGAGUUGAACCUAAUCAACAAUACUUUCUCCUUUCAAUAUGCUUCAAAUUAAGGAGGUAUUAUCUACAUUUCUGGUGCCUAAACAGGUAACACCAAUAUUAUAAAUACAACAAUAUUAACAACUGAAUCUAAGAAAUAAGGAGGAGCUUUUUAUAUAGAUCACACUAAUUCAAAAGUUUUAAUUGAUAAUAUGACAUUGACUGAUUCAAAAUCAGGAGAGGAAGGUGGGGUAUUUUAUAUUUCAAAAUAAAGUGAUAUGAACAUUACUAAAUCUUAAUUUCAUAACUUCGCAUCAUUAAUUAAAGGAAGUUUAAUGUAUUCAGCUUCAUCAACCCUUAAUCUAAGUAUGACUGUUAAUGAUUUUAAAUGUAAGCUCACACCCUAUAAUUAUGCAACAGAUCUUCAAACUAACAUGGAAUCUAGUGAUCCUAAAAUGACAUCUGCUGGUGCUUUCUACAUUGAUAGUGCUCUUUAUGUAGACUCUUAAUCGAAUUCUAUCUAGAAUUGCUAUCUUAGUGAAAAAGGAGGUGCCUACAGUAUCCUUAACACUAUUCUCUUAGAUAACAACACUGUUUAUGCAGCUAAUGCAGCACUAUAAGGUGGGCUUAUAUAUUCUUAAUCCUCAAAUCUUACGGUCCUUAAUACUGUAGUCACUAAUUCUUAUUCUUUAUACGGUGGUGUGUUCUAUCUCUAUUAAGUUAAUCCCAUUUUUAUUAACAAUUCUGAAUUUACAAAUAGCAAUGCAAUUAAAAGCGGUGGUUUUACAUACAUCACUGAACUAAAUAAUCCUAUAGGCUCAUAUGAAUACUUGCUAAAGUUUACAAAAAUAACUACAUCAACGUCUAAGUUACAAGGAGGAUUUAUGUAUGUUGAUUCUACCACCCUGUUUAAUAUUAAUCUACACCAGAUUUAAAUAAAAAAAUCUACAACUGUACAAACAGGAGGUGCUAUUCAUGUUUAAUAAAUGAGUGGUAUUUUAAAUAUAUCAACAGAAACAGGAUAAAGAAAUUUGAUAUCUGAAUUUGAGGCUUAGUAAUAAGGAUCAUUCAUCUAUUCAAAAGGGUAGUAAAAUUUUUGGGUUAAAAUUGAAAAUACUGAGAUUAUCGGUAAAUCAAGUUAUGAUUUCAAAGAUGUAAAAAAUGCAUUGCUUUUGACAACAUCUAGUUAUGCUGGGGCAUUUUAUAUUGAAGAUUCUAUCAAAGGAAUUCAAGCUUAGAAUAAUAAUUACAGAAAUUGCUUUACAGGUUAAUAAGGAGGAGUAAUGACUCUAAUCAAGACAAAACUAGUCGAUUAAAACUCCUAGUAUACAGAAAACGCAGCUAUUACAGGAGGUGUAUUUAAAUGCGGCACAUGUAAAAUUUCAAUAUAAUCAUCUAGAAUUGAAAAUAAUAAUGCCUAAAGCGGGGGUGUCUUUUACAUAGACAAUUUCGCAUAGAUAAAUAUAAGUAGCACAACUUUUAUAACUAACGAGGCUGAAGUUCGAGGAGGAAUCUUUGUAGCUUUAUAAUCUGAAUCUGGACUUAUUCUUGACUCUUACAUCGUGAUUGAAAAUUCUCUUUAGAUAAGGAGAAACUCAGCAAAUGAAGGUGGGAUAGCAUUUAUUGAGAGCGAGUAUUUGACUUUCAAUCUGAGUUUAGUUAAAAUUCAGUACACAGAUGCAAGAGUAGUAGGUGGUUUAAUGAAGAUCGUUAAGGCAGCUAAGAUCAAUAUUAUUGAUUCGAAAAUUUCUGAUUUUAACUCCCCGAUUGGAGCUGGAAUGUAUUCAAUCUCUGAUACUGUAGAGAUGUAUAUUGCAAGAAAUUAGAUAGAAUGCAAUUAGCUGUUUGAUUUUACUACAGUGAAUGAGUAUUUGGAUCUUGAAAAGCCCUUAUCUUCACUGGAAUCGAAUUUCUAUAUUCAAAAAGCUAAAUAAGUCAUCUCAGAGAAUAAUUUGAUUUAAAGCUGUGCUGUGGCAUCUCUUGGAGGAGUAUUCUCAUUAUAUUAGACCAAUUUUAACGACACCAAGUCUAAGUACUAUUUCAAUGCUGGCGCUCAAGGAGGAGUAUUCUUAGUCAGUGAUAGUAACUUAACAAUGAUAGAGACAAAACUAAGUCAGAAUUUCGGAUAUAACGGAGGAGCAAUGAGCGUCCUACAAGAAUCAUAUGUUUAUAUGUUUAGAUGUGAAUUCACUACAAACACUGCUUACUAGCAAGGUGGAGUCAUAUUUUUGAAUACUGAUUCCUACUUUUAAGCAGCGAGCACUAUCUUUUAAUACAAUUAAGCUAUUGAUGCUUCAGCCAUUUUGAUUCUUGGUGGGAGUAAAAUUUUCAAUAGCACAAUAGUUGGCUGCACUUUCUUAAGAAAUUCAGCAAUUUCAAAUACAAUUUCAAUAAUGAAUGGAAAUCUCAUCAUUAAGUCGACCACAUUUGAAUACAAUAAUGCUACUUCUAGAUCUAAGAAUAUUUUUGUAGGGUUUUCAAAGAUAAUAAUUGAAAAUUCUAGGUUCUCAAGUCUUGCAGAAUAUGAUGAGUUAAGUAGAGUUUCAGUAGAAGAGACUAUCGGUAGUUUCAUAUUCAUCAUAUUUGAUGUCGAUAUCGCUAUAUAUACUACAAUUUUCUAAAAUGGCAGAUCUUCAAUGGGUGGAGCUAUCUAUCUUUCUGGGGAUAGCAUUCUUAAGAUAUAUCAAAGUCAGUUUAUCGAUAAUUACUCUAAAACCUUUGGAGGCGCUAUUUUCGCGAGUGGAUUUAAAGAAUUCUUUAUCGGGUCUGAAACUGUGUUUAGAGGUAAUUUAGCCAUAGAAAAAGGUGAUGACAUCUAUGUUACAAAUUCAGAGAAAAACUUCACACUUGAGAAAGUUAACUUCACUAAUCCAUCAGCUGUAGGUUCAAUAUAUGCGGAACUAGUCUCGCUUACUUUUGAUUAAGUCGGAUUCGUGACUAUAAUGGGAAAGAACAGUCUUUAUGGAGCUGCUCUGUUUUGCAUGAAUUGCAGAAAAAUAAACAUCACUGACAGCUAUUUUUCUAAGAUUAAGAGUAAGAUAGGAGGUGCUAUUUAUAUUCAGGAAAAUGAACUCAAUAAAAAGAAGUCUGAUAAACAAGGCAAGUAUAGAAUAGUUUCUACAAUAUUUGAAAAUUGCGAAGCUAAAGUCACUGGAGGCGCUAUCUACUUUGAUAAUCCUCAAUAUGUUCUAAUAUAGGAAUCAUUGUUUAAGUCAAAUUCGGUAAUGUAUUUAAGUACAGCCACAAAUUUGGAGAUAUCUGGAGCAGGAGGUGCAAUUUACUAUACAUGCAAUGAGUAAAUACUAAAUUGCUAUUUAGAAAUUGCAGGUAAAACUCAAUUCCUAAAAAAUUCUGCAGCUAAAAAAGGAGGAGCUAUAUAUUGGGAUAUUAUAGAGCCAAAUUUCAAAAAUGUUUAUUUCAAAGAUAAUUCAGCUGUGUACUACGCAAAUGAUACUGGCUGCUUUGCUCAAUAAUUGAAUAUAGUAAAUGUCAAGACCUAUAAUUAUCUGAUGUCAAGAUAUGGUUUACUAGAAACUGAAGAAUAGGAUGAUAGAGCGAGAAGAUACUUAGAUUCUAAUAACACAAACGAGUUGGAAGUACAAAAGCCAUGGUGGGAAAGAAACUUGUAAGAGAGCACUUUAAAUGAGAAAGAUGGAAAGGUAUCAAACUAGAGAAGUGGAGGAGCAAUACCUACAAUAUAUUUAGCCCAUGUAGACAAGUAUGGUCAGAUUGUUGGCUCUGAUUUCACUAGCAAGGUGAGAGUGUUUGUGGAUACAACUUAGAUCACAGAUCCAGAUGCUCUUUUAUACACACCAACUAUUGAAGGAAUAACUUUAUUUAAUGCAAAGGCUGGAUUGGUUAAAGCAUCAGAUUUUAACUUUGCUGGAGCACCUGGAUUCUAAUAUACAGUAGCAUUUUAGUCAGAUGGAAUAGACUUAUCAAAAUAAUCAAACAAGCAGUAUAUGCAAAAUAACAAUCAAAAAACAGAUCUAAACACUGGAAUAGUAAUAGCUUUGAGAGAAUGUGCAGUGGGUGAAUCAUUUUCAGCUUCAGGAAAAUGUAUUAAAUGCCCAAAUGGUGCAGGAUUCUCCGUCGCUAAAAUGACUACUCCAGGAGAGUGCUCUUCAUGCCCAUCUACCAAGGCUAUUUGUACAGGAGGUGCUGGAAUAGGACCUAGACCAGGUUAUUGGAGAAAAAAUAACAUUACAACUACAUUUAUCAAAUGUCUCUACUAAGCUGCUUGUUUAGGCAUGAUCGCACCAGAUUUUUUACCUACUGGAUCAUGCUCAGAAGGAUACUAGUUCACAUUAUGCGCUGAUUGUAAAAUUGGGUACUCAAGGAAGAAUGACUUCGAAUGUGGAUAUUGCCCUGAUCCAACAGCUAACGUUGUGAGAUUGUCCUUUAUUCUGAUUGGAAUGAUUGGUGUGGUAGUAUUUACAGUAAGAUCUACUCUUUCAGGUGCUAAAGAGACUAAUAAUAUUACUAGUAUAUUCAUCAAGAUUCUUUUGAAUCACUUCUAGCUUAUUCUGCUUACUGCAUCUUUUAAUUUUGAUUGGCCAGAAGAGGUGAUGAAAGUCUUCGAUACUCAAAAGCCAGUAGCGUCUGUCUCCACACAGGUUAUCAGUUUCGAUUGCUUUUUAGACACAAGAACAUCUGAAAGAAAUGUAACAACCAUUGACUAUGAGGUGCCUCCAGUUGAAGGAAUCAGAGUUUUUUUCAUGAAACUAGUCAUGCUGGGCAUCAUGCCCUUCUUGCUACUAAUAGUAACUAUUGCCUUUUGGCUUAUCUACAGAUUUAUAAAAAAAUCAAAGGAUACUAGUGGUAAAAUGGUCGCUACAAUGGUUAUAGUACUCUUUCUCAUUCAUCCUAAUAUUGUCCAAUACAUGUUCUUCAACUUUAAAUGCUUGGAUAUCUCAGAGGAACUAAGAGUGAUGAAUGACCUUGAGGUCUUGUGCUGGGGUGAAUAUCACACUCUCUUUAGUUACUUCGUAGCGAUACCUUGUAUUAUUGUGUGGGGAGUUGGUAUCCCAGCAUUCGCUUACUUUAUCAUGAGAAAGCAUUCUAAGAAUUUAGACGCUCUUGAUAUCAAAGAAAAGUUUGGAUUUUUGUAUAGGGGCUACAGAAUAGAUUACUACUUUUGGGAAAUCGUCAUUAUGUAUAGGAAAAUGGUUCUUAUUUUUGUGGCAGUAUUUGUUGGAAAUUAUGGAGUAAUUGCUUAAGCCUUGAUAGUAUUCGUUAUACUUAUAGCGUUUUUGCUUAUGAGUAUGAAAACAAAGCCAUAUUAAUCAGAUGCUUUGAAUGACUUGGAGAUGAUGUCUCUAGUAACAUCAAUGAUCUCUGUCUACUGUGGGCUCUUUUUCAUAACUAACAAACCAGAGCAGUGGAUUAAAGACAACCCUGAUUAUUCUGCUGGAUCCAUCGCCCUGACUGGAGACGCCAAAUUGUUCUUUUUGGCUAUCAUAAUAGGAGCAAAUCUAAUAUUUAUACUUUAUUGGGCAAUCAAGAUGUACGCUGAAGUUAAAGCUAAAUUUAGAAAAAUGAUGCCCAAGCUCUAUUUAAUGUUCUGUCUCUGCUUUAAUUAGAGAAAGCUUGAUGCUGAACUAAAAGACUAUGAAAUAUAACUUGAGAAUGAGUAAUUAAAAGAGUAGUAUCUUAAGAACUUAGAAGUGCUAUAAAAUAUAUACUUCUCAGGAUAGAUUCUACUGAAUUCCAGUUCACUUGAGAAACUGCUAGCGUAUUUAAAUCCAGAUAGAAUUAUAGAGUUAGCAUAGCCAAUCUCAGAUGUAAGUCCUGAAAAAUUACUGAAAAUUUAGAAGAGAAAGGAAAGAGCUAAGAUUAAUGAAAAACAGAGGAAGUAAGACUUUGGGAAGGUCCACGAUCUUAAAGCAUUAGGAUUAGACGAUACUCAAUCAGUUGAUUUAGAUAAGCCAAUCAGACUUGGAAGUGCGAAGACACAAUAAACACAGUCAACUUAACGGAAAUCUAUUUCUUAAGAAAAACUAUCAGAUACCUUGCAAAUUGAUGAGGCAUUCAUAGAAGACGAUGAAGAGACUAAAAGACUUAGAGAAGAAUGGAUGCUAAGAAAGUAGGGCUCAUUUGUAUUAAGAAAAUAGUAGAAAAAGGAUAAAGACAAGAAAUAAAAUGAUAGUUCUAGAUCCUUUGAUAGCUAGUUCGUUGAGACUGAAUAAAAUGCUACAGAGUUAGAUGCUCUUGAUCCAGUGCAAGAAACUUAAUACUAGAUUCAUCAUGAUUCUGAAGAUGAGCGUGAAGAACUGGCUUCAAUGGGUUUUAGUGAGUUGGAUGAGUACGAGAAAGAACAGUAAGAAGCGGAAGAUUUGCAAAGAAUCGACAACAUGGCUGUUAUCAAGGAAAAGGAGGAUAAGACUUAAAAUAUCCACUUCUUGAAGAAGAUGGCUAAACUCUAGCCCCCAACCAAGAAAAAUCUGACUACAAUGAAUUUGUUUGACAAGAUCAAGUACUUGAUGAAAUAGAAGGAACCAGUCAAACAGGUUAUUCAUACCAAGCAAGAUUCCAUUAAUAGGCAAAUAGAGAUCGAGGAUAUAGAUGACGCAGGUACUGGCCAUAACUCAUUUGUUUAUACACAAAGCAACAAUCAUCAGAGAUCUGAAUCUGAAAAGGCAAGAGUAACACACUUUAGCAACUUCUCUUCAAAGAAUAACAGUAGCAGUCCGAGGAAACAUCAAUAAGAGGCGAUGCCCACUCCUGGAAAGAACCAAGCUUUCUUGCAAACACCCUUCAUUAAAAAGAUUUACAGAAAGGAUACUAUCAAAGAGGCUCUAGAAGAGGAAAAGGAAUAUGAUUUGGAACUCAAAAUGACAAAGGCAGCUCAAAAGAGGAACAAGUAUAAGCUUGGAGUUAAGACUGAGUCACAGAUGAUUAAAUAGCCAUUAACCGCCAGCAAUAUCGAGGCUUUGAUAUCAAUGAACAAUGAGCAAGUAUUUGAGCCUUAGAUUAAUUCCUUUAUGCUUGUAGAGUAAGAGCUCAAGGUUAUGGAGGAGAAUGACUCUGAUAAGAGUAGUGAUAACAAACUUCAUGAAAUUAUUUCGAAUUUCGAUGAAUUAAAAAUUGAAGACUCUUUCAAAGCAAGUGAGAGUGAUGAACAAUCCUAUACCAAGUGA